UCUAGAGGAUGUCACAACGGCUGCCAAGCGGUUUGUCAAACAAGUCCAAAGUUGUCCAGACUCGGGAGGGGGAUGAACCGAACGGCGAGGAUACGGCAGCUGGGCGAAGUGUGUGCGCCGCGUAAACGUCGUUUUACAAAAUGAUGAACAGACGUCGUGUGUUUGGCGGCUAACAGGCAGCGCUAACAGGGACGCCGCUGUAGCACAGCACGACGGGCUAGCUGCUCUGCUAGCUGCUGCUAGCUAGUUAGCGAGCUAGCAGACGGUGGUCCGUUCCUAUUAGCUGUGAGUGUCUACUUUGAAACGUUGACAAGCCCGGUCAAGUUUGACUGCAGCCGAUUGAAAGGACUGUGAGUGUUCCGAGGAGGACAACAUGGAGAACAAAGACAAAGUACAGAUGAGGAAUCACCCUCGCAGACAGCUGAAGAAGCUGAGUGAGGACAGUCUCACCAAGCAGCCAGAGGAAGUCUUUGAUGUCCUGGAGAAGCUGGGCGAAGGGUCGUAUGGCUGUGUGUUUAAAGCCCAUUAUAAAGAGACCGGGGAGAUUGUAGCCAUCAAACAGGUUCCUGUGGAGUCGGAUCUUCAGGAGAUCAUCAAGGAAAUCUCCAUUAUGCAGCAGUGUAACAGUCCCCAGGUGGUGCGGUACUAUGGCAGCUACUUCAAAAACAGUGACCUGUGGAUCAUUAUGGAAUACUGCGGAGCCGGAUCGGUGUCUGAUAUCAUCCGGAUACGCAACAAGACGCUAACAGAAGAGGAGAUUGCCACCAUCCUGCAGGCCACUCUGAAGGGUCUGGAGUAUCUUCACUUCAUGAGAAAAAUCCACAGGGACAUCAAAGCAGGAAACAUCCUGCUGAACUCAGAGGGUCAGGCCAAGCUGGCCGACUUUGGAGUUGCUGGACAACUCACAGACACCAUGGCGAAGAGAAACACGGUCAUCGGCACGCCAUUCUGGAUGGCUCCAGAGGUCAUUCAGGAGAUCGGCUACAACUGUGUGGCGGACAUCUGGUCUCUGGGGAUAACAGCUAUAGAGAUGGCGGAGGGGAAGCCGCCUUACGCUGACAUCCAUCCCAUGAGGGCCAUCUUCAUGAUCCCCACCAACCCCCCGCCAACAUUCAGGAACCCAGAUCUGUGGUCUCAGACAUUUCGAGACUUUGUCAGCCAGUGUUUGGUGAAAAACCCAGAAAAUAGGGCGACAGCCACUCAGUUGUUACAGCAUCCAUUCAUCAAAUCAGCCAAGCCCAACUCCAUCCUCAAAGCUCUGAUCACAGACGCCAUGGAGAUCAAACUGAAGAGACAAGAGGAGGCAGAGCAGAGAGAGCAGGAUGCAGAAGACGACGACAACUCGGAUGAGGACGAGGUGGACCAGGGGACGAUGGUGCGGGCAGGAACGGGCGACUCGGGAACCAUCCGGGCCGCAGGGUCGCUCGGCGGCACCGCGCAGACGAUGAUCGCGCACGAGGACACGGGAACCAUGCAGUCACAGCUGGGCACCAUGGUCAUCAACUCCGACGACGAGGAUGAGGAAGAAGCUGGAACUAUGAAAAGGAGAGACGAGACCAUGCAGCCGGCCAAGCCGUCCUUCCUGGAGUACUUCGAGCAGAAAGAGAAGGAGGCCAACAGUCAUAACGACGGAGGAGGAAGAGGAGAAAACAACGCAGACAACCGCAAACUGCCCGCUGAAGGAGAUCUUCAAGUGGUGAGCACGUGGUCGGUGGAGGAGCUGCGUCUCCGUCUGGCCUCUCUGGACCCUCAGAUGGAGCAGGAGAUCGAGGAGAUCCGUCAGCGCUACCAGGCCAAGAGGAAGCCCAUCCUGGACGCCAUCGAGGCCAAAAAACGACGGCAGCAGAACUUCUGAGCAGGAAGUGCCGAGCUUCAGCGACCGGAUGUUGAAUCUGUCGCCUUCUUUGUGAAGUCAGUGAGAUCGUCGACGGUCCGGAGCCGACGAAGCUGGAUGUGACGACGCGGUUUGGAAAACUGUGCGAGGACGUGCGAUGAUCCUCACUUUGGAUGUCAGACUGCUGAAGAAGAGCACAGAGCUGUUCUUUGUUUGGCAGCAUUUUGUUAUUGUGUCUGAUUUAUUCUGCCUUCUGGAGAUAAUCUGAAGUCUUCAAGAACUUUUAUUUCUGGUUUGAACGAUUGAGGAAAGUUGGCUUUUGAUCCCAGCAGCAGCUGAUCUGGACGUGUCUGUUCAUGUCUUAAACCUCAGUUUUUUUUUAAAAAAACCCUCACAUCUCUUAAAGUUUAGUUUUUUACUCAAUUAUGUGGUACAACAUCGUUUUAACUGCUGACUGCUCAGUUUAGGUACUUGUCCUUUAACUCCUGGAGUGUUUGCUGUCAUUGUUGGUAAGUGAAGACCCUGCUGGACUCAGUUCAGUUCCUCACUCUGGACUGUGGGCGUCUGAUCGAGCGUGUAGUCCAGAAACAGACCCCUCAAUGCCACUCAAAAGUUUGCAGAUUAUUAGUUUUCUGCUGCCGUAGGUUGGAGCUGAAGUCUGAAGAUUAACGUGAUCAAACAGCGUUAUUACCCAUCAGCCUGCUUGAGUUUUGCUGACUAGCUAAAGGAGAAGAGGUCACAUCUUCAUCAUUUAACAUGUUACUAAACGUCCGGAGGGUUCCUCGAUUUUUAAGCUUCCGAAGUUGCUUCUGAAAACUAAAAAUGUUUCAUCCGAUACUCGUUCUACGUUUAUUUUGUAUUUUCUACGUACUGCGCAGCCAUCGUUCAAGUCUGUUGUCAUAAUUCAUCAUGUUUUAGUUUUAGAAAUCGCGUGAAUAUAUUGAGCCAGACUUUUGGGUCUCAUUAAAUCGUUACCCUUUUAUCGUCCGUUGCGACACUGAAACGUUCCUCAGAGUUUUGCUUCAACACGGAGCCAAACAGCAGAAAUCCUCCUGCGAGGAGGCGAGAAAAACAGCCGUCUUAGGAGUUUGGUCGAGUUUGUAAGAAGUGUUCAACGAGCUUUGAGCAAAUCUCAUUCACUCAAGUUACUCUUAAUGCCUGGAUGAUGGUGAUGAUGAUGAUGAUGAUGAUGAUGAUGAUGCCUUGUUUUAUAUCGUUACGCCGUCCUCGUCUUCCUCUUCAUGGAUCUGACUGAAGCUUUCAUGUCUCAGUCUGACUUUAACCUUUGAGCUUCCUGUUGUUGAGCAGGAGCAGUUAGUUACUAAUCUUCAGAUCUCCACAGAUUGUCUUUGAAUUGUUAAUGAAAAUCAGCGAGUCAGCGGUUUCCAACCUGCAGGUCACAUGAUAAAUCUGAUGAGAUGAUUGACAGCACAGGACAGAAUCAUCUGUCCUCAUCAUUUCUCCCUGUUUACUAUUAAUAAGCAGCACAUAAACAUUUAGACGGUCAGGGCUGAAUGAGGAAGUGUUACCUUUAUUUUUUCUGCCUGGUUUCACCUGUUCAGGUCAAAUGAUAAUUACUUUUUGCUCGACUUGGUUAUUAAAUAUGGAUGAAUGCAGCCAUGAUGGCAGUUCGUUAAAGGGAUCGAUGAGGAACGACGGACCCUCACCUGAAUGUCUGAUGUGUUGUACAUGAAAGGAAAUGUUUUACGGGACUUCAAUCAGAACAUUUUGACUUGCCUUUGUUUAUCCUGCAGUUUCCUCCUCAGUGUUUCUUUUGGGUUUUAUUUCUGUAUCUGUUUUCCUUCCUAAGCUCCAAACAAAGACCUGGGUCCACAGACUGAUGGAACAGAUUCAACAAAGCUUUUAUUUCCUGGAUUUAUUAGCUUUACUCAGCAGACCGAACGAGGCUGCCCCCCCAAAAAAGUGCCAAGAAGCGGCAGACUAAAGCUGGCGUGGACCCGGGUCUGAUUCAGCUCCACUGCUGACGUUCCUCAGAGCUCUUCACGUUCUUCACGUGUUAUAAAUCCAUCCAGCACAAAACACGAGGGAGGAUUUCUAUUUUUCUACGUAGGUUUAGUGGUGACACGUCAGCCAGGAGACGGUUCAGUGUUGAUCACAGGGUCAGGAUGAAAACCAGCUUCUCAGGUCCUAAAACUCCUCAGGGGUGUAAAAUAAUGAUGGUGGGGGUGAGAAAUGACUGUAGAUAGAUCAGAGAUCAGAAAUCCUCCACACAAAGAGUCACGUCUGUAUAUAUUUGAGUGCCGCUGGGUUGUAUUUGUAUAUCAUGAUUCGUUUGACAGGCUGGGGGGGUUCAAUAGACACUUCUCAUUAAGUUAUUAGUCUGAAUAUGAAGUGUUUAGAUGUUUUCGGUGAGAAAGCCUUCAGCUGGACUUCCUGCAGUUAAAGUCCAGACCUGAUAACCUCCAGACUCUUUCUGUGCAGGACUCCGUGAGCACAAUUCCUUUUCUUGGUCUGUUCUGUGUUACAAGCCUUUCUUUCUGCCUUACUGUGUCUGUUUGGAUGUUUUUUAUUUUUGAACAGUGGUCUUAUACAGAAACUGCUUCUGCUCACUUGAUACCAUUUUAAAAAAAGGGGAAAUAUUGGACAUAGCGGAGCUUGAUGGCUCUACAACGUGAUGCUGAGCUGUUUGCUGCUGGCAGUGAAGCGACUCUGCCGCUGUAAAAAUGACGCAUCAGAAAUUAAGUCGGGAUCACUGGAGAACUUAAACUGGAUUCAGUUUUAACGUGAAACACAGUUUGUUAUAAAGUGGUGACUAAUGAGGCCAGAACAAACCUCCGCAGGUGUUUGUGGGUUUGUUUACACCCUUAAUGUUCAUUCAGCAGCAUGAAGGGAAGGUUCAAAGCUGACCAUUAAUCACUGAUGCUAGACAUCACAGCACAGUGAAAACAUAUCUGGAGUUCAUGUUAUUUAAUUUCAGGUUUUAAACCUGUUCUUGGUGGAGAGCGCGGAUCAAAGAGAUCUUUAUAACGGGGAUGUUUAACCACUUCGAAAGGCUGUCAUUUAUUUCAUGAAUCAAGUGUAAAAACACGCAGUGAAUCAUCUUUUCUCAAGUGUUUCGGCUGUUUUUUCAUCUUCACGGUUCAUCCUCAGCAGCUCAGACGUCUUUCGCCUCCUGGCGUCGUUCCUGCAGGUGCUUUGGUCAUUCAUGUUGUAUACGACGUGUUUUCUAGUAGCUCAGUAUUCAAGCAGGAAUACAAACACUGUAACUGUAAAAUGUUCAGCUCGCAGCCUGGAUCCGAGCUGUUAGCUCAUCUUUUCUGAGCCUCUCUCAUGUUUUGCUCACUUCCUGUGUGACGCCUGCUCUCAGUUUCUGAAGUUUGCCUUAAAGUCUGCAGUGGAAGUCCUCGAUACGUUUGAGAUCACGGCUGUUUGGUUUGUGUGUUUAAGUUGUUUUUGUUUGCUUGUCUGAUAAAUGAAUAAAGACUAAGGGAAGUUCA